AUGAUGGGACGAUUUGACGACAACAUUCCCAAACGAUUAUUCGACAAUUUCCACUUUGUCGACUUCCACAAGGUGAUGUUCAACGCGCCGAACCCAGAAGCGUCGUUUGCACUGAAUGCCCUCAUGGAAAUUCCGGAUCAAUACAAAGCAAUUAAGGAGCUCGGGCUGUUGAAACACAGUCGAAGGGGAUAA